CGAGGUGCGAGAUGUUGAACCGCUGAGGGUGAUUGGGGUCGUGAGCAUCUCAGGCAGUUGCUAUAUAGCCUGCCUUCGCCCUGCCAUCCUAUUGUGAGCGCACCAUCACGAUCCAGCCCAUCUCUCUCCCGGCAUGCUUCCCUCCAUCCUCUCCCUUCUCUCGCUCGCCACCGCGGCGAUAGCUCUUUCACACACGCCCUUCGCGUCCCGCCAGGCACCCAACACCAUUUACCCCUCUGACCCGGUAGGCCAGACGGCCUCAUGGAACCUGACGGCCUUCGCCCUGCCGAUCAAGAAGAGUCUCGCUCAGUCGAUGGCCAAUGGGCAUAAGCUGCUGCCCGUACGCGGCUUGCCUGCAGGGUACCUGAAGGAAGACGAGCAUCCCCUCAUCCUGUAUGGCGGACUGCAGCACGACAUCAGGCAGGUUGGUGUGACCAUUCCCAACCUCGUAAUCCAACGGACACUGCUCCCUUUCGUCGACGCCAGCAAUGACGGCAGCACAGCCUUUACUCGCAUCCCGACGGUGAUCUACAUCUCUCAGCUCGUUCCUGCCCUAGCUGGUACCCUUCAACAACUCAACAACAUGGUCCUUGCUAACUUCGACCCUCCCGAUGCCGCGUACAAGUCCAUCGGGGGCGGACAAAUGAGCUUGAGCGUGGACGUCGGCGUCAAGCUCGACGGCCUGCUCGGUCUGCCCACUCCAGACUCGCCGGUGGUGAAUGCCAUCUUCAGCAGGGCUGGCAGCAGUAACAGAAAGUCGAUCCAUCCGAAAUUCUUCAAAGGCGUGCUCAGUGCCCCGUACGAGCAUACGGAUAUCCCAACGUGCACAAAGCAGACUUUCUACUUUGAUGAGACAUAUGCUCACCCGUUCAGAGUCAAGGGCAGCACGGUACAGGUGCUCUUUCCCUCACUGCCGUCGGCCAUGACAUUCAAGAACGUCUAUGGAUUGAGCAUUGCUGCACAGUGGGACAAUCCGUUCGGCCCUGGCCAGUCCUGCGCGUCCUUGAGGAGCGACGCUCAAGCCGUCAAGUACGAGUGAUCUUAUGGUACACCGCAGACUCGACCGUGGCGUCGAAUCGUCGCGCUCCACGCGUUGCUCGUUCCACAGCGCUCGACGUUCCGAGCUGGCC